AUGCAGGCCUACACCGAGCUUGUGCCUCCGACGGCCGUGACGCAUGCCAUUGCUCUGCCAUUUCUCAGUUCCAGUGCCACGAACCUCGUCGUUGCAAAGACGUGCCUCCUCCAGGUCUUCGACAUCACUUCCUCGGACCAACUCCGCCUGAUUGGCGAAUAUCCCCUCGCCGGCACCGUCACCGCCAUCGCGCGCGUCAAACCCCUUUCUGAAUGGAAAACGGUCGGCGAAGCUCUCCUCAUCUCCUUCCGCGAUGCGAAGCUCAGUCUAGUGCAAUGGGAUCGCGACAAUUACCGCCUCAACACCAUCAGCAUCCAUUACUACGAGGGUGAAAAUGUCGUGGCGCCACCGUUUGAGCAGGAUUUGGGGGAAUACGAGAGCGUCUUGACCGUCGAUCCCAGCAGUCGAUGUGCUGCCCUGAAGUUUGGCGCGAGACAGCUGGCYAUUCUGCCCUUUCGCCAGUUUGGAGAUGAAUUGAUGGGCGAGGAAGAGGGCGAAUUCGAGGGCAAGGCGGAGAGGAUGGAGGAAGGAUACCACGACAGAGACCAGACUCCCUACAAGCCUUCCUUUGUGCUUCCCUUGACCACACUCGAUCCCACUCUAUGUCACACGGUCCACCUGGCCUUUUUGCACGAGUAUAGAGAACCCACACUGGGCAUUCUCUCAUCACCGAUCGAACCCUCGGCUGCUCUGUUUGAAGAAAGGAAGGAUUGUCUCACAUACACCGUCUUCACCCUCGAUCUGGAGCAGAGAGCCAGCACAAAUCUCAUCACGGUGAGCAAACUUCCUGCCUCGCUGUGGAAGGUCGUCCCACUACCUCUUCCCAUUGGAGGUGCGCUCUUGGUGGGAAACAACGAGUUUGUGCACGUCGACCAAAGCGGCAAGGCGAAUGCCACGGCUGUCAACGAAUUCGCCAAAAAGGAGAGCGAUUUCGGCAUGGUAGAUCAAUCGCAUCUCAAUCUCAAGCUAGAGGACUGCUGUAUAGAGGUCCUUGACUCCAAAACGGGAGAGCUGCUGGUGGUAUUGAACGACGGAUCUCUCGCGACGGUGACAUUCCAAAUGCUGGGUCGGGCUAUCAGCUCCGUAGAUGUUGCCAGAGUAUCGACAGAGAACGGAGGCUCAAUAUUCCCCGCAGCUGCAUCAUGCGUAACGCGACUGGAUGGCAGUAAGCUCUUCGUCGGCAGUGAAGAUGGUGCCUCCCGAUUACUUGGCUGGAGCAGGCCCAUCCCAUCCCUGGCUCGCAAGCGUUCCCACGCGCAAAUGCUUGGCAAGGAUCCAGAGGAUGAAGACGAUGAAGACGCAAUUGACGAGGAUGACGAUGACCUAUAUGAUGCGGCGCCGGAAACCAAGAAGAGAGCGACCUCUGCAGCAGACCCCACCUCUGCGGAGAGCCUUGCUAGGUUCGAUGUCAGAGAUACCCUCAGAUCUAUCGGACCCAUCAACAAGAUCUGUUUGGGAAAGCGGCCAGGUUCAGCAAAAGACAAACUCCAACUUCUUGCCGGUACAGGAAGAGGUCGCUCAAGUCGACUGACCAGCUUAAAUCGUGAUAUCGUCCCUCGAACGAUUCGCAAAAGUCAAUUCGAUGGCGCGAAGAACGUCUGGGCCAUCCACUCGAGGCAGCCUGAAUCAGAUGACGACCACGAUAAUCUUCUCUUCGUCUACGAUGGGUCAGAAACGCAGGUCUACGACAUCACGUCUGCUUCUGCUGAUGAGUCAGGCGAAGGUGGCUACAUCGGACGCUCAGCAUCUGAAUUCGAACAUGAAGGCGAGACGCUUGAGAUGGGCACACUCGCAGACGGUGUUUCAAUCGUGCAGAUUCGAAAGACCGAAAUCAGGACAUAUGACGCGGUCAAUCUUGGACUGAACCAAAUCAUACCUAUGAUGGACGAUGACACGGAUGCAGAAUUCAGCAUUGUACACACCUCUUUCUGUGACCCUUACUUGCUUGUGAUUAGAGAUGACAGCAGUGUGCUAGUUCUGACAGUCCAGGGAAAGGAGAUUGAGCCGCUUGAGAAUGAAGGUCCAGUCGCAGAGAAUAAAUGGCUCAGCGGAUGCAUCUACUCUGGCCAUCUCACAGAUGAUGUGCCCGUGCUGUUCCUUCUAAGUGCCGAAGGAGCGGUGAACAUAUUCUCCCUUCCCGAUUUCGAGUUCCUUUGUGGUUUCCCUGGAUUUCCUCACCUCCCAGCGGUCUUGGCAUGGGAGCGAGGAAAGGAGAGGAGAGCGGGCAUUAAAGAAACUCUCACCGAACUGCUCAUCGCUGAUCUCGGCAUGAGUGGUGUCAAUACGCCCUACCUGAUUGUUCGUACCGCCCUCGACGAUGUCGUGUUGUAUGAGCCUUUCCUUCAACGCGAUGGACAGUCCGGACCCGCAAAAUGGUUCUACGGUCUACAUUUCCGCAAGGUACCAGUACCGUAUACUCCAAAAUAUAACGACACUGUGCCGGCUACCGAGGAGGCAGAAGAGGAAGCCAACGCCCGUCAGCCUGCGCUGAAAAUCAUCUCGAUAGGCGCAUACAGGGCCGUCACUAUACCCGGCUCACCUUCGUCCCUCUUGCUGAAAGAAGGCAGUAGUCCGCCAAAGAUCUUGGAAGUAUGUCCAGUCGCAAAGCCUGCCGGGGCGACCGCUACUCUCACCCCGCUCAACCGCAUUGAUUGUCAACGCGGGUUCGCGGUUCUAAGUCACAGUGGUGCGUUGGUCGAGCAGACUUUACCAGAAGGUACUUGGUUUGGAAGUGGAUGGAGCGUGAAUCAAACCGAGCUGCAGAUCAAUGGAGAGACGGAGGAGGUAAGGCAGCUAGCCUAUCACAAAGGGAGGGGUGUUUGGAUUGUGGGUACUUGCCGCAACGUCGACUUUUGGUUCGCAAAGGAGGACGGGAGGCACUCGGAGCAGGACGACAUCAGCCUCCGACCACAAGUACCACAAUACAGUAUACACAUCCUCUCGGCCACCACUCAUAGUAUCCUUCACACCUAUCCUCUCCCAUUCCUUGAGACUCUCACAGAUCUCAAAGUCCUCGAUCUAGAAGCCUCAGAGAUGACCCAUGACCACAAACCUCUUGUCGUGGCAAGCACAGCUUCUCAGCGUGGCGAAGAUAUGCCCGCUCGUGGCGCCGUCAUUGUCUUUGACAUCAUCUCCGUCGUUCCAGACCCGGACAUCCCCGAAUCCAACCACAAACUCCACGUUCUCGCACGAGAAGAAUCUCGCGGGGCCAUCACGGCCCUUGCACAAUUCCCCGGCGGUCUACUUGGGACGGGACAAGGAUUGAAACUGAUGAUACGAGGAAUGAGGGAGGAUGGAAGCUGUCUCCCGGUCGCCUUUUUGGAUGCACAGUGUCAUACCACCGUCUUGAAGACUCUCGAUGGGAAAGGCAUGUGGAUUGCGGGAGAUGCUUGGAAGGGGUUGUGGUUCGGAGGCUUCACGGAAGAGCCCUACAAACUCACCAUUCUCGGCAAAAGCACCCUGACAACGGGCAUGGAGGUCAUGUCAGCAGAGUUCCUACCCUUCGACGGCGGAUUAUUCAUCCUCGUCUGGGAUGCCGAAGAAGACAUGCAUGUUUUGCAAUACGACCCUGAAAACCCCGUAACCAGCGGCGGGAUGAGAUUACUUCACCGCAGCACUUUCCACGUGGGACAUUUCCCGACCAACUCUCUCCUCCUGCCCAGCACAUUGGCGCCUUUUACUGAGCAAGCAAGGGAGUUGCCGCAGCAUGACGGAGAGGAAACGAAGCAGACGCAACAGAACUCACCGCUGUACCAUGUGCUCACCACGAGCUUGUCAGGGUCCAUCGGAUUGGUCACGCCUUUSGAUGAGAGCACGUAUCGACGACUGGGAGCACUGCAGGGACUCUUGACGAAUGUGCUCGAGCACCCCGCUGGCUUGAAUCCUCRAGCUUAUAGGAGCGGGAAGGGGGUCGAAGGAGCCGAAGUCCUCGGCGCGAAAGGCGUGGUGGAUGGUGCGCUCAUCAGGAGGAUUGGGGAGUUGGGUGUUGCGAGAAGGGCGGAGGUAUUGGGUCGGGCUGGAGGUGAUGGGUGGGGUUUGAGGAGCGAUCUGGAGGUUCUUGGAGGGGGAGGGCUGGGGUUUUUGUAA